UCCUAACCUGCGCCCAAAAGUUGAAGAAGACAGCUUCUCAGUUGAAGUACCUGACCCAUUUUCCGCUACCGUGCGCUUCGAGGAGACUAUGCCACGUCCUUAUACAGCCAGAACCACCACAUCUGAUGGCCCACCACCGACACCUGUACAAUUUCCAGGAGGGUCGUCAUCGGGUUCCGGUGGGAGUCGGACGAAGAAAUAUCGGGGAGUACGGAGCCGGAAAGGUAAAUGGGUGUCCGAAAUACGCGAGCCAAGUAAAACUACGCGCAUUUGGCUCGGUACUUACCCGACUCCCGAGAUGGCUGCCGCCGCCUACGACGUGGCGGCGCUGGCCUUGAAAGGCCCCGGAACGCUCCUCAACCUUCCCAAUUCCAUUCUCUCGUUCCCGAUACCGGCGUCGACAUCGGCGACCGAUAUACAAGCUGCGGCGGCGAGUGCGGCGGAGGCUAUGGGACAGAGGCGCUCGGAAAAUGAGGUUUUGAGCUGUAGUAGCAGUUGGGUGGGCGAGGCGGAGUUCAUCGACGAGGAAGCGCUUCUGAACAUGCCGAAUUUUCUGGCUGACAUGGCGGAGGGAAUGCUCGUGAGCCCGCCGAGGAUGGAGUCGAAGUCGUCGGACGACUCAGAUGGAGAUGAGUUAUGGAGUUAUACAUGAGAUCUCAGUAGAGAGACAUGUAAUUAUUGUGAUAUAAUGUUUCACGAUGUAUAUAUGGAAAGGUUUGGGUGUUUUCCAUUACAUACUACUUGCUGUGUGGCUUUCCUAUAUAUUACGCCAUGGAUGAGCUCCUUCAUGCUGGGUUUUGUGAUGGUUUGGUGAUUUUGCUGCUUUGUUGGGGGUUGUGUUGUAUGUACAAAUGUCCUCACGUGGUACCGUACGUCUCUUCUAUCAUUGAAGUUCUAUGGUUUGGUAAAGGCUGAACUGGAUUGUCCCUUUUUUU